AAUUCUGGGCCCGGGUGGUUGCAGUUUUUCAAAGGGAUGUGAACGGUUUCCCAAGAUAGGACCCAAGGGACUCUAGGACCCAGAGGCUGUGCGCGACGCCCGCAGGGCGAACUGUAUCCUUUUGAGCUCCCGCUCCAUGGCCUGAGCCGUCGUAGGACGCGGGUUCGCGGCCCGCCAGGGGACGGUCACCACAGAGACGCAGCCGGCACUGGCGAGCGAGCGAGCGGGCGGCGCACGGAGCGCGUGGGCGUGUCCCGGCGGGGCUUAGCAGCUCGCCCCACCCCACCCCACCCCACCCCACCCCAGCCAGGUCGGCCGCCCCCACCAGGUCCAGCUCCAGAGCCCAGGCCGGUCGGCCGGGCCCGCGUGCCCUCGGCGGGCUGCGCAGAGCGCGGGAGCGGUUUGGGGCUGGGCAUGCUGGGAGCCCCUCGGGCAACGGCCGCCGCCGCCGCCGCCGCCACAGCCACACAGCCGCCGCCACUGCGUCCGUCCCCGGUGAGCGCCGCUGACGCGCGGAGAUGAAAUUCCCGGCCUCGGUGCUGGCGUCCGUGUUCCUGUUCGUGGCCGAGACAACCGCGGCGCUCAGCCUGAGCAGCACCUACCGCUCGGGCGGGGACCGCAUGUGGCAGGCGCUGACGUUGCUUUUCUCGCUACUGCCUUGCGCGCUCGUGCAGCUCACGCUUCUCUUCGUACACCGCGACCUCAGCCGCGACCGCCCGCUCGUACUGCUGCUGCACCUGCUGCAACUUGGGCCCCUUUUCAGGUGUUUUGAAGUCUUCUGCAUCUACUUUCAGUCAGGCAACAAUGAAGAGCCUUAUGUCAGUAUCACCAAGAAGAGGCAAAUGCCAAAAAAUGGCCUCUCAGAGGAGAUUGAGAAGGAGGUGGGCCAGGCAGAAGGCAAACUAAUCACCCACCGAUCAGCGUUCAGUCGGGCGUCGGUGAUCCAGGCUUUCUUGGGCUCAGCCCCCCAGCUGACCCUACAGCUGUACAUAAGUGUCAUGCAGCAGGACGUCACUGUUGGAAGAAGUCUCCUCAUGACCAUAUCCCUGUUGUCCAUUGUGUAUGGAGCCUUGCGCUGCAACAUCCUAGCCAUCAAAAUCAAGUACGAUGAGUAUGAAGUCAAAGUGAAGCCUCUGGCCUAUGUCUGUAUCUUCCUGUGGAGGAGCUUUGAGAUUGCCACUCGAGUUGUAGUCCUGGUCCUCUUUACCUCCGUCCUGAAGACCUGGGUGGUGGUUAUAAUACUCAUCAACUUCUUCAGUUUCUUCUUGUACCCCUGGAUCCUCUUCUGGUGCAGUGGUUCCCCAUUCCCUGAGAACAUAGAGAAGGCCCUCAGUCGGGUGGGCACCACCAUUGUACUAUGCUUUCUAACUUUACUCUAUACUGGUAUCAACAUGUUCUGCUGGUCUGCUGUACAGCUGAAAAUUGACAGCCCUGACCUCAUCAGCAAGUCCCAUAAUUGGUACCAGCUACUGGUGUAUUACAUGAUAAGAUUCAUCGAGAAUGCCAUCCUCCUCCUCCUGUGGUAUCUUUUCAAGACUGACAUCUAUAUGUAUGUGUGCGCACCUCUGUUGGUCCUGCAGCUGCUCAUUGGGUACUGCACAGCCAUUCUCUUCAUGCUUGUAUUCUAUCAGUUCUUCCACCCUUGCAAAAAGCUCUUUUCUUCCAGUGUUUCUGAAGGCUUUCAGAGGUGGCUCAGGUGUUUUUGCUGGGCCUGCAGGAAGCAAAAACCUUGUGAGCCGAUAGGAAAGGAAGAUCUACAGUCAUCCAGAGAUAGAGAUGAGACACCUUCUAGCAGUAAAACAAGUCCUGAGCCUGGUCAGUUCUUGAAUGCUGAAGAUCUCUGCUCUGCUUAAUGGGACCCAAGGUCUCAGAGCACAGGCAUAUUAUUUUCUGGGUUUGAUACUCGUUAUUCAUACAAAUAAUGAGCCCUACACAGGGAACAAGGCAGGAAGUUAGCUGUUAACUCCUUGUGAGCUGCUCCUCUUUAUAGAGCUCUUGGGUAUGUAGAACUAUAUGGGAAGAAGCCAGGAAAACCUCUGAGUGUUGAAGGGGCAACCCAAGGCAUCACAGUUCACAGGUAACCAUGUUGUGUUCUUCUAGGCAUUACUGGCCUUUUCACUGACAAGUUACCCCUGAAAUCUGAGUUGUACUGGUUAGAUUCAUUAGGUUGAAUGAGGAGAGGGGCUUACCUGUUCUCUAGUUUUCCAGACUGCUGGUUUGGGUAACCUGAAGUUUUAUGAUCCCUGAACAUAGUUUUCACCCAAGAGCUGUCCUGGUGACCAAAAAAGAUUACUAGGGUUUUGCCAUCAGCAACAUCAUUCCUGUCAGAGUUUUCAGGGAGGGCUGUUCAAGUUUGGUUUUUGAAUAGACAGAGGUUUCAUUUUCAUCUCAUUGGGGCUUUUUUGUACAUAGCCAACUAUAGCCACCCUGGCAUGCUGUCUCUAAUUGAUUCAAGGGCCUAGAUUUGGAGACUUUGUUCCUUAGCAUCCAUGGAUGCAGAAAUGAAUGAUAAAUUUGGCUAUGGAAGCCCUGGAAUUUUAGGAAACUUGUGAUUCUUUGAUAUGUUGAUGAAAUUCUGGAUCAGGAGGGGUGUUAAAACAUCAAAAUGAUGGCGGCUUGUAUAAGUAGAAUUUUUUUUUUAUACUUUAAGUUUUAGGGUACAUGUGCACAUUGUGCAGGUUAGUUACAUAUGUAUACAUGUGCCAUGCUGGUGCGCUGCACCCACUAACUCGUCAUCUAGCAUUAGGUAUAUCUCCCAAUGCUAUCCCUCCCCCCUCCCCCCACCCCACAACAGUCCCCAGAGUGUGAUAUUCCCCUUCCUGUGUCCAUGUGAUCUCAUUGUUUAGUUCCCACCUAUGAGUGAGAAUAUGCGGUGUUUGGUUUUUUGUUCUUGCGAUAGUUUACUGAGACUGAUGAUUUCCAAUUUCAUCCAUGUCCCUACAAAGGACAUGAACUCAUCAUUUUUUAUGGCUGCAUAGUAUUCCAUGGUGUAUAUGUGCCACAUUUUCUUAAUCCAGUCUAUCAUUGUUGGACAUUUGGGUUGGUUCCAAGUCUUUGCUAUUGUGAAUAAUGCCGCAGUAAACAUACGUGUGCAUGUGUCUUUAUAGCAGCAUGAUUUAUAGUCCUUUGGGUAUAUACCCAGUAAUGGGAUGGCUGGGUCAAAUGGUAUUUCCAGUUCUAGAUCCCUGAGGAAUCUCCACACUGACUUCCACAAUGGCUGAAGUAGUUUACAGUCCCACCAACAGUGUAAAAGUGUUCCUAUUUCUCCACAUCCUCUCCAGCACCUGUUGUUUCCUGACUUCUUAAUGAUGGCCAUUCUAACUGGUGUGAGAUGGUAUCUCAUUGUGGUUUUGAUUUGCAUUUCUCUGAUGGCCAGUGAUGAUGGGCAUUUUUUCAUGUGUUUUUUGGCUGCAUAAAUGUCUUCUUUUGAGAAGUGUCUGUUCAUGUCCUUUGCCCACUUUUUGAUGGGGUUGUUUGUUUUUUUCUUGUAAAUUUGUUUGAGUUCAUUGUAGAUUCUGGAUAUUAGCCCUUUGUCAGAUGAGUAGGUUACGAAAAUUUUCUCCCAUGUUGUAGGUUGCCUGUUCACUCUGAUGGUAGUUUCUUUUGCUGUGCAGAAGCUCUUUAGUUUAAUUAGAUCCCAUUUGUCAAUUUUGUCUUUUGUUGCCAUGGCUUUUGGUGUUUUAGACAUGAAGUCCUUGCCCAUGCCUAUGUCCUGAAUGGUAAUGCCUAGGUUUUCUUCUAGGGUUUUUAUGGUUUUAGGUCUAACAUUUAAGUCUUUAAUCCAUCUUGAAUUGAUUUUUGUAUAAGGUGUAAGGAAGGGAUCCAGUUUCAGCUUUCUACAUAUGGCUAGCCAGUUUUCCCAGCACCAUUUAUUAAAUAGGGAAUCCUUUCCCCGUUGCUUGUUUUUCUCAGGUUUGUCAAAGAUCAGAUAGUUGUAGAUAUGUGGUGUUAUUUCUGAGGGCUCUGUUCUGUUCCAUUGGUCUAUAUCUCUGUUUUGGUACCAGUACCAUGCUGUUUUGGUUACUGUAGCCUUGUAAUAUAGUUUGAAGUCAGGUAGCGUGAUGCCUCCAGCUUUGUUCUUUUGGCUUAGGAUUGACUUGGCGAUGCGGGUUCUUUUUUGGUUCCAUAUGAACUUUAAAGUAGUUUUUUCCAAUUCUGUGAAGAAAGUCAUUGGUAGCUUGAUGGGGAUGGCAUUGAAUCUGUAAAUUACCUUGGGCAGUAUGGCCAUUUUCACGAUAUUGAUUCUUCCUACCCAUGAGCAUGGAAUGUUCUUCCAUUUGUUUGUAUCCUCUUUUAUUUCCUUGAGCGGUGGUUUGUAGGGUUAGGGUUAGGGUUAGAAUUCUUACCAUCUUACUCCUGCCUCCCCAUUCCUUGCCUGUCAGGACCAUUUUAGAAGAGUUACCUUGGUUAACUUAAGGGUUUUUUAGAAAACCGCACAGAAAUCUCUCACCCAGUUCAAGUAUAUAGGGAAUUUUCGUUUUCAUUAUUUGAAGGAAGAGAGUUUUCCUCACUACCACUUGUAAUUAGAGAUUGACUUCAGAAACUUUUUCUAAAUUAUAAAGACAGAAUGACCAGAAAAUUUUUGUCUUUCAUGGAAUGCAGUUUGACUUGGCAUAAUUGUGAGUUAAUUUGAUAAAGAUCUCCAGUUGUAUCCUCUGACACCCUUUAAUGUUCUAUAUAAUUUUUCCUUUAAUCGGAGACCCUAUUUGUUUCAUAGAAGAGGAUUGGGUAGCAUAUUCUCAAUUAUCUUGGAAAAAUGCCUAGAUCUAGUGCCAUUAUUUCUACCAUUAAAAUCUUGAAAGUGAAAUACUUGAAAAGAGGUGACCAUAAAGAUCACACCAAUUUAGAAUGAAUAUUAAAGUCUGAGAAAUUUACAAAAGGGACUCUAUGGUCUCGAUUUUACCAUAUGGAAUAGGGAUCCACUUCUCUGUUAACCUACAAAACGUAUUUAUCUGGCCAUUGCACUUCGGAUAAUUUUCAUUUUUAAUUCCUCUUGGUGUCAAAUUUUUAAGUAAUUUCAUGCACACAGGAGAAAAUGCAAUUUGAUAAUCAGUUUCCACUACAUUCAGAGGUCAAGAAAGCAGUAUAUAUUCUUUCACAAGGCAUCCAUACUGUUUAAUAUUUAUAGUUCAUAGAAAUACAUCAAUAAGCUCCUAAAUUAUAGAGCCUCAAUUUUGGUUUUUCUCAUUUGAAAUGUUUUUGAUUUAUCAAUAUUUGUGGUUUAACUUUGUGGGGGUGUCCAUGCAGUAGAUCAUUUUUUGUCUAUUUUUAACCAAAUAAGAAUAACACUCAAGACUAUGUUCUCCAUCCCAACACAUCACUUACCACUUGCACUAUUCUUAAUAGGCCUAAAAUAGUGAGCAUACAUAAUCAAAAUAAUACUUCAUACAACAUAUACUUCCAUGCACUCUUCAUGUAAUCACAUAUGUGCAUAGAUACACAAUCGUAUUACAUAAAACACUCUUGAAAAUAUAUAAUGACUUUGAAUAAAAUAAAGCUACCAUGUUAAUACAUCAUUUUUUGUUUUUUCCUAAUUAACAAAAGGGCUCUAUAAUGAUUAGGAGAGCUGUAAGGCCAUUCUUUAGUCAUUCCAAGUGUAUAUUUGUAUCACACCAGUUACUUGUGUUCAUUGACACCAAAUAUUUUCAAGCUUUUUGUGAGAAAAAGAUUCUUGCCUUGAGGCUCUGCAGUGGCAAAUGGUAGGGGCAAUAGUGCUCCCUUUUCACCUGAAAUGCCUUCAGCUCAGGCCUUCGGAGUGAGAUGUGGGAGUAGCCACCAGCCUGCCACUGACUAGGCAUGUUAGGAAUUAGACAAGGAUGGAGAGACUGGUUUUUUCCAGCCUUGGUUUGGAAGCUUGUCUCAAAAACCAUUACAAAAUCUUAACCUUCAAAUACAUUCUAAAUCACUUUAAUUUAGAAGAUAGGUGAGCAACUUGAGUGAUCCCAAACCAAACUAACAGUGCUGGUUUGUCCGACACCCAAAGCCCACUUCACACAUUUAUAAGGACAGAUAUUUGGUAACUCAUUUGGGUAUUUUGUCAGUUUUAACCCUUAAUAUACAGGUAUCCCAGCUUUGGGCACAUGUAUGUCCAUUCACUUUCAGGAAGGGGUGUCAGUACUUUCUUUCUGUGUGGUGAAAACAUAAGCCAUGGUGAACUGAUAAUUUUUGUUUUUAAAUUAUUUAUAUUACUGAAUUGGCAAAAUUACAGUUCACACUGCAGAGCUAGGUUGUCCUAUUGGCAUAAAACAAACCAGCAACUUUUCUCAUGUGUUUGGAAUUAAAAUGUGUUUUUCAGUUAUAAUUUCAAUUUUUAAAUUUCUUGGUGCUUUGUCUAAUUAAUUACAUCCCAUAACUUGUCAGGAUAGUUGCUCCAACUGAAUUGCUAUCAUUUGGCUGGAUGGGGGUGAAGUAUGUCUUCAAAAUAUAUUGAAGUAAGUUCAUCAAACAUGUUUAGACUUCCUCUCAUUGCUGGAGACAGCCCAGUGUAGAGAUUGGCACUUCCCUGUCCAGCACUACAACUUAAUUGCUCUAUGCCUCAGUUUCCCCAUAAUACCCUUUUCCAACCUACCUCACAAGGUUAUCAGAAAGAUCAAAUUAAAUAAUAGAUGUGAAAAUGCUUUGAAAAUGUUUUUAAGUGCUAUGCAUAUUUAUAGAGUUAUUAUAGUUAUUCAAAUCCAUAAGCAGGUUAUUUUUAUUUUUUUACUGUUUGAAAAGAAAUAAGUAGUGUCAUUCAUAUGAGUUCCUGAGUGGAUAUGCGAAUCUUUGGUCUUCUCGACAGGUGCCCUUUCUCUUACCACCAGUUGCUUACAAAAAUAGCACCCAAACACAUGGCACUUGGAAGAAAAAGACCCACUGAAUCUGAGAAAGUACUUUCUGGUGGCAAAUGAAUUUAUCAUUUUAGUAUAGUUUUUGAUAAAGGAUAUAGCAACAUCUUUUGAUAAUUGUGCUUUACAACUUGAAUGCUGAUUCAAGGCAUUAUUUGGAUGUGAGUUUAAUCUUUUCAGCCUUGUAAAUGGGAAAAUAUAUAUUAAAAUUGAUUGUCAAAUACAGCAUUUCUUUGGAAACCACCUUAAAACAUUAGUGCUAUGGUUAUGAGUGUAUGUGCCAGUACUUACCAGUCAAUGCAUUGUGGAUAUGAGCUUUCGUUGACUGCUUCUCUGCAGUCGUUGAUGCUAAUAAAUAUUGUUCUGUUUCUUCAUAUAAUAAAUUAAUUUUUCAAUUUC